AUGAUGACCAUGGUGUUUGCAGUGGAGGAAAUUAACCGUAAUUCAACCCUGUUACCAGGUGUUAGACUAGGCUAUCGGAUCAUGGACAGCUGUGACCAUGUCCACACCAGCCUGCAAGCUCUUUUCUCUUUAGUCAAGGAAAAUGAAACAGAUACGAGAAAGGAUAGGAGUACACGAUCUGAAACAUUGUCCUCAUGUCUGGCUGAUUCUCCUGUGCCUGCUGUGAUUGGCCUUGCAUCCUCAUCCCCUACAAGAGCUGUCGCUCACACACUUGGCCCUUUGAAUCUCCCACUGGUGAGUUAUUUUGCCACUUGUACCUGUCUUACUGACAAGCAUAUGUACCCAUCAUUCUUGCGGACUGUCCCAAGUGAUCUCUUCCAAGUUAGAGGUCUUGUUCAGCUGGUUACCUUCUUAGGCUGGCUCUGGGUGGGCACAAUAGGAACCACGGAUGACUACAGUCAUUAUGGCAUCCAAGCAUUUUCCAAUCAGUUUAAACAACAAGGUGGGUGUCUGGCAUUUCAUCUGACAAUCCCCAAAUCACCCACAGAAGCUCAGAUACAAGAAAUGGCAGACAGGCUGCAUAGUUCAACUGCACAGGUAGUGGUGGUCUUUGCCACAGAGGGGCAGCUGCUGGAUCUGCUCUUAGAGGGCACGCUGGGCUUCUCCUUCCCUGGCGUUAGGAUCCCUGGCUUAAAAGAGUUCCUGUUGAAUGUCCGCCCCUCUCCCAAACCAGGGAUGGAAUUUGUCAACAUGUUCUGGGAAGAGCUGUUUGGCUGUAGACUUGAAACAUUCAAGGGGUCAGUUGAUGAAAACAGUAAAGCUGCUGGUGGAAAGCCUCUAUGCACUGGUUUAGAGGAUCUGAGUAACACUGACAGUGGCUAUACAGAUGUAUCUGAGGUCAGAAUAUCCUAUAAUGUCUACAAAGCUGUAUACGCCAUCGCCCAUGGUCUGCACGCUUUAUUGAACUGUGAUUCUAGAGGAGACAACACAGGAAUGUGUGAAAAACAUAAAUCAUUUACUGCUGGGCAGUUGUUGCAUCAUCUGAAGAUGGUGAAUUUCACCAACCAGUUUAACGAGAAGGUAUAUUUUGACUCCAACGGAGAGCCGGUCCCUCUUUAUGAUAUCAUUAACUGGCAGAAGGACAGCAAGGGUCAUAUUAGAUUUGUCAAUGUGGGAAGUUAUGAUGGCUCUGCUCCACUGGGACAACAGUUGCAGAUGAAACUUAACACCAUUGUAUGGACAGAAGGACAGUCACAGGUGCCUAUAUCUCAGUGCAGUGCUCCAUGUUCCCUUGGCAGCAGGCAGGCCAGACGUCCAGGAGAGCCCCACUGCUGCUUUGAUUGUUUGCCCUGUGCAGAUGGAGAGAUCAGCAACCAGACUGGUUCCACGGAGUGUACAAAAUGCCCUGAGUACUACUGGUCAGACAAAGACAAGGUGAAAUGUGUGGCCGGGGUGGAAGAAUUUCUGUCUUUCUAUGACACCAUGGGCAUCAUCCUGGUCACUCUCACACUGCUGGGUGUCGUCCUGACAGCCAUCAUAACAACUGUCUUUCACCAUUUCCGUGCCACACCGAUUGUCAAGGCCAACAACUCUGAAUUAAGUUUUUUGCUUCUCGUGUCACUCAAGCUCUGCUUCUUGUGUUCUCUGGUUUUCAUUGGCCAGCCGUCCGUGUGGACAUGUAGGCUCCGUCAGGCAGCAUUCGGGAUCAGCUUUGUGCUCUGUCUGUCUUGCCUCCUUGUUAAAACCAUUGUAGUUUUGUUAGCCUUCCGAAGUAGCGUACCUGGCUCUAGGGCUCUAAAGCUGUUCGGUCCCUCUCAGCAGAGGACUCUGAUCCUCUGCACCACAGCUCCUCAGGUUUGUCUCUGUGCUGGUUGGCUGUUAGGAGCACCUCCCUUCCCAUUCAGAAACUCAGCCUACCAAGCUUCUACUGGAAAAAUUGUUGUAGAGUGUAAGGAGCCAUGGCCUCCUGGAUUUUAUCUGGUCCUGAGCUACAUUGGGCUACUGGCCUUCCUCUGCCUCCUCCUGGCAUUUCUGGGACGUAAGCUUCCUGAUACCUUCAAUGAGGCGAAGUUUAUAACUUUCAGCAUGCUGAUCUUCUGGGCCGUGUGGAUCUCUUUCAUCCCAGCUUAUGUCAGCUCUCCUGGGAAAUUCACUGUGGCUGUGGAAGUAUUUGCCAUAUUAGCCUCUAGUUUUGGACUUUUAGUAUGUAUUUUUGUACCCAAAUGUUAUAUAAUUUUACUGCGGCCUGAGAGAAACACUAAGAAAGGCAUGACUGGAAAAUAUCCCAGAUGAACGUUUGUGGGUUGUCAUCCAAAGUUGCCAUCAAGCGAACA